AAAAGAAAGCACACCCGCACCGCCACCUUCCUCCCCCUAUAUACUCUCGCCGGAGCCGAACCACUCCUCGUGCCACCCCUUCCGUUCCUUGUGAUCUCCGAAUUCCCACCUCAGAUUUCAAGGGCCGAGGCGUGCAAUCCCCGGCUCUCCCCGCCCACCGUAUAUGCGAGGGCGUCCCUCGCCUCGAAUCUGUCGCGAAAGGCGCUGCCUUUACCAGCUGCUGGUUGUGAUUUGAGCCGGGUGGAUUGAUCCCGGAAAGAGGCUGCCGUUCUUGAUCCGGGGAAGUUUUGUUGGUUGAUUGGCGGGAGGAAAGAAGCCAUGAUACCUUCUGUGAGGCUCUCUCCUGCCCCUGCGGCCUUCUUUGGCUCCAACCUACGCUCAAAAUCAGCUGUGGUUCCAUCUGUCUCCAGUCUCAAACCCUCCAAAUAUGUGGUUUCGUCCCUUAGACCACUUUACCUUGCACCGCUAGAUGGUCCACGAAUUGCUGAGGUGAAGCCUCAGAGGCAGCCACUUGAGUUCCGGUGCGCAGCUUCUGCAGCUGAUGACAAGGAGUCCAAGGCUGAGGUGGUGCCAGUCCGCUCGGAAGGCGCACAGAGGUUAAAGAUCUCCAUUUAUUUCGCGACUUGGUGGGCGCUUAAUGUGAUAUUUAACAUUUAUAACAAGAAGGUUCUCAAUGCUUUCCCAUACCCUUGGCUCACCUCCACGCUCUCCCUCGCCUGUGGCUCAGCAAUGAUGCUUUUCUCAUGGGCCACCCGCCUUGUUGAGGCCCCUAAUACUGACCUAGAUUUCUGGAAAGUUCUUUUCCCGGUUGCAGUAGCACAUACAAUUGGCCAUGUUGCUGCGACGGUGAGCAUGUCUAAGGUGGCAGUGUCAUUCACGCACAUAAUUAAAAGUGCAGAACCUGCAUUCAGUGUUUUGGUGUCAAGAUUCCUCCUUGGGGAGACGUUCCCAGUUCCCGUCUAUCUUUCCCUUCUCCCAAUCAUUGGUGGUUGUGCUCUAGCUGCUGUCACAGAGCUGAACUUUAAUAUGGUUGGAUUUAUGGGUGCCAUGAUAUCCAACCUUGCAUUUGUUUUCCGCAACAUCUUCUCAAAGAGGGGAAUGAAGGGGAAGUCCGUCAGUGGCAUGAAUUACUAUGCUUGCCUGUCGAUAAUGUCCCUGGUCAUACUGACUCCAUUUGCCAUUGCUAUGGAGGGCCCCCAAAUGUGGGCUGCUGGUUGGCAGAAGGCUCUUGCAGACGUUGGCCCCAAUGUUAUCUGGUGGGUUGCUGCUCAGAGCGUGUUCUAUCACUUGUAUAACCAGGUGUCCUACAUGUCUCUCGAUGAGAUUUCUCCAUUGACAUUUAGCGUUGGGAACACAAUGAAGCGCAUAUCAGUGAUUGUUUCAUCAAUCAUUAUCUUCCACACACCUGUCCGCCCUGUCAAUGCACUAGGAGCUGCCAUUGCCAUCCUUGGCACCUUCCUGUAUUCUCAGGCAAAAGCGUGAGGUUAAGAUGCUGGUAAAUGGUCAGGGCCAUGGAGGAUGAACGUCUCAGCAGAAUCAGUAGCAAGCUCUGAGGCCAAUUUUUCCUGUGCAAGAGUCCUGUAUAUAUAGGCUUAAGUUUCCAUAUGAGAGGUGAUAAUAAUGGGUCACUGGCUGCUGUUUUUCCUGCUAUUUGUUUGUCAAUCACAAAUUGAAAUCUGAAUAGAACCGUAUGAGAAUUCACCGA